AUGUCAAUAAUCACUGCGGUUGAAGCAUUACACAGCGUUUGUGAAUCGAAACGGGGACGCGCCGUUUCCAGCGCUACCCCAAAACCAUCUCAACCAAAUUUCAAAUUCAUUACACAACGGGAUGAAUACCGCUCAAUGACACAACUGAAAAGUGAAGACCAGUCAUACGUGGAUUUGAAAAAUGGGAUUUUGUAUGAGACUUUAAAACAAAUCAGAUUAGGUAAUGACACUGAUCCUGAAGCACCUAACCUACUACCAGUAUGGAUUUGCACCAUACAACCAAAGAAUUCCAAAACAUUAAUAUCACUUUUGAAGCAAAACUACGAUGAUGAUUUCAGGAUCAAGCAUUUGAAGAGGUUGACCAAAGUUGGCGAUCACAUAAAAGCAAUUAUUUGUCUGUAUGAACUUGAGAAUGAGAGGGAUGAGAUAUCCAAUCUGCUCAAGAGCCUACAAUACGAUAAUUUAGAAGUUAUUGAAGUACCGCGAGAUCAAGCAAAUACAAGAGAAACAACAUUGAAAUGGUCUACUAUUUGGCCCCUUACUUGGAAGGGCAAUCCCAAUCAUCAAUUUUUGAACUCUGUAAAAUUCGAUAUUGAACAAGAAAGGCAUAUGGUGAGUGAACUAUUGAGUCAACUCGAACACGCAAACAAUCGGAAUGCUCUGGUAACUAUAAUGGCAAAAGAAGUGAAUAGGAAAUUGACAAUCCAGACAGUUGCCGUGAAUAAGGAUGAAUGUCACCCACUGGACCACAGUGUAAUGCGUGCAAUUGACUCAGUAGCAAAAAAUGAGAUUGACAAUAGGACAGACGGUAACCACGGAAGGGGCUACUUGUGCACUGAUAUGAUUGUUUACACAACUCACGAGCCUUGUGUUAUGUGUAGCAUGGCACUAGUGCAUUCACGAAUAGUUCGGUGUACCUAUUUGAAGUCCGUUUCGCCCGGUGGCGGAAUGGAGUCAAGCUAUUACCUUGGUGAUUUAGAUGGACUAAACUGGAAAUUCCCAAUAUGGAGGUGGCUUGGAGAAUCAGAGUUGUCAAGAUUGGAUAAUGCUGUAGAUAAUAUACGCUUAGAAUAUUAG